CAAUCAGCUAGGGUUUCGAGAUGCAGAGCUCUUUGGAUUGACCAACGACGUUUGUCUCUGAAAUGGAGAGUUUCGACUCCGAGGACGACGACAAUGUACUCACCAACAGCACUUCGAGGAAGAGGCAACGUUCUCCGACCGAACGCACAGCGACGCUGCAGGAUCUGGAUGUUACAGACUGUCCCAUUUGCUUUCAUCCUCUCACCAUUCCCAUCUUCCAGUGUGAUAAUGGCCAUAUAGCAUGCUCCACUUGCUGCGAAAAGCUGAGCCAGAAGUGUGCAACAUGCACCUUACCAACCCUUUCCCGCAACAGAGCGAUGGAGCGGGUUAUUGAACUACUUACAGUUCGAUGCCCCAAUGCUGGUUGCUCCGUGGUCGUCUCUUGUUCCGAAACAUCAUCACAUGUCAAUAAUCACUGUCCUUUCACCCAACGUAAUUGCCCCUUUAGCGGCUGUGACUUUACUUGCUCCUUCAAGGAUUUAUACAAACACAGCCUCGCUAAACACAGCCUUGCCGCACCUUGCGUUGCUAAACUUCACAAGUCCUUUCCCUCGCGCAUGUUUAAAUGUGGAACACCCGAGCCUCUGUAUUUUGCAACGGAUAAGAGGACCAUUCUAAAGGAACGGACUACACAAGGAGAAGGAGAAAUUGUGGUUGUGGAGUGGUUCGACAUGCCAGACGGUCGGGUGCUCUAUGCAUGCUGUAUUGGACCCGGAGCAGACAAGUUCUCCUACCAACUGAAGCUGACUUCAGUUUACGGUGAUGACUUGUUGUUUAACUCAAACCUCAAAAGAGUCUGUGAAGUGAGCAAUGAACCACCACGUGCGCGUUUUAUGUUGGCUCCUUCAUGUAUGUUGCCUUACCGCGAGUGUUCUAUAUGCAUCAAGCGGGAAACUCAGUAGGAUCAUCAAGACGCUACUACACUCUUCAUCACUCAUCAUUAGUCAUCAACCACACUGAUGCUCUUAACUAAUAUAUGUUUUGUACUGUAAUCGCUAUUUAAUGUGUGAUGUUGAUCUACUUUUAAGUUGUGUGAAUUAAGUUGACUUUUAUCCAAAAUCGUUGUAACU